AUGAUGGUUUUAAUCUAUUUAGUUGUAUUUCAAUAUAUUAGCACACAAUAUGUGAAAAGCGAGAUAGGACACAGUGUGGUUAUGAACAAGUUAGUCAAAGUGAAGCCUGUUGGGGCGAGUGUAGCCAAAAGUUUCGUUCCCCUAACGGAGAUACCCCCUCCGCAUGCGCCCCACUCUGGGAGACGGCACAUGGAGGACUGUAGCCAGAAGCACGAGUAUCGAGAGGCCCACGAAGGGGCUAAUGUCGACAUUUUUGGAGAAUACUAUGACGAACGAGUGGCAAAAACUGUGGCAACUGUUAUCAUACCUAACCAUAUUGACCGUAAGCACUUCGAGGUGACAACACAAGUGCCAUACCUCACUGUGGGACCUAUAGAAGCCAUCGGAUACCAUCCGAGCACCAUGAAGAGUGAGCAUCCCAGUGAAUGUGACAAGAUCUACCAGGACCACCUAGCAGACCUUUACUCUGAUGAAAUGACGGAUUAUUCUGAGGAGUCUCUAGAGAUGGCCAGAAUGCCACUGUUCCGCAAUAGAGUGUUACCACAGUCAUUUGAAGAGAGACUAGAAAACAUGUACAGCGACAUAAAUAUGUAA